AAAAACUCACUUCCUCUGCAUUUUCUAUCUCCUAAAAUUCACAAUUCUUUUUCUAUUUUCCCCUCUCUCUCUCUCUCUCUCUAUCGUCCUUAUACUCAUCUCUCCAUUUUGGAUGCAAAAUCAGGCCUUCAUUUGAUAUACCAUUUUUUAAACUUUAUAUAUCAGAUCUGGAAGAUAGGAAUUGUGAAUCAUUGAGAGAUGUUGACAAAGUUUGAGACGAAGAGUAAUAGGGUUAAGGGACUCAGUUUUCACAGCAAGAGGCCAUGGAUCUUGGCGAGUCUUCACAGUGGUGUGAUCCAGCUAUGGGAUUACAGGAUGGGUACACUUAUCGAUCGGUUUGAUGAACAUGAUGGCCCUGUCCGUGGUGUUCAUUUCCAUAAUUCCCAGCCGCUGUUUGUUUCAGGAGGUGAUGAUUACAAGAUUAAAGUUUGGAACUAUAAACUUCACAGGUGUCUUUUUACCCUACUUGGACACCUUGAUUACAUUCGUACAGUGCAGUUUCACCAUGAGCACCCAUGGAUUGUCAGUGCCAGUGAUGACCAGACUAUUCGCAUAUGGAACUGGCAGUCACGGACCUGUAUAUCUGUGUUGACGGGCCACAAUCAUUAUGUGAUGUGUGCCUCCUUUCAUCCAAAAGAAGACCUUGUUGUGUCAGCCUCCCUUGACCAGACUGUGCGGGUAUGGGAUAUUGGGGCACUAAGAAAGAAAAGUCCCUCUUCUGCAGAUGACAUGUUGCGGUUGAGUCAGAUGAAUACUGAUCUUUUUGGCGGUGUUGACGCUGUGGUGAAGUAUGUCUUGGAAGGUCAUGACAGAGGGGUCAACUGGGCUGCAUUUCAUCCAACUCUGCCCUUGAUUGUUUCUGGAGCUGAUGAUCGCCAAGUAAAAUUGUGGCGUAUGAAUGAUACAAAAGCUUGGGAGGUGGACACAUUGAGGGGACACAUGAACAAUGUGUCCUGUGUUAUGUUUCAUGCCAAACAGGAUAUUAUUGUUUCUAAUUCUGAAGACAAAAGUAUUCGUGUCUGGGAUGUGACAAAACGGACUGGCAUUCAGACAUUUCGCCGGGAGCAAGAUAGAUUUUGGAUUCUUGCAGCUCAUCCUGAAAUGAAUCUCCUAGCUGCUGGUCAUGACAGUGGGAUGAUUGUGUUUAAAUUGGAGAGAGAGCGCCCUGCAUUUUCUGUGAGUGGUGACACCAUGUUUUAUGCAAAAGAUCGUUUUCUACGGUUUUUUGAAUUUUCAACACAACGAGAUACCCAAGCUGUCCCGAUUCGCCGACCUGGCACCGCAAGUUUGAAUCAGGCUCCACGAACACUUUCUUUUAGUCCCACUGAGAAUGCUGUACUCGUUUGCUCUGAUAUUGAUGGUGGGUCUUAUGAACUAUAUGUUAUACCUAAAGAUUCAUUUGGCCGUGGUGAUGUGGUACAAGAGGCAAAAAGAGGUGUUGGAGGAUCUGCUGUUUUUAUUGCCCGUAGCAGGUUUGCUGUGCUUGACAAAAGCAACAACCAAUUGCUGAUAAAGAAUCUGAAGAACGAUGUUACUAAAAAAACUAUCCUGCCUAUUGCCACCGAUGCGAUAUUCUAUGCUGGUAUAGGUAGCUUGCUCUGUAGGGCAGAAGACAAGGUUGUUAUUUUUGACCUUCAACAGAGAAUUGUUCUUGGUGAACUUCAAACCCCUUUUGUCAAGUAUGUGGUGUGGUCAAAUGACAUGGAGAAUGUCGCAUUACUGAGCAAACAUGCUAUUGUUAUUGCAAGUAAAAAGCUUGUUCAUCAAUGCACUCUGCAUGAAACAAUUCGAGUUAAGAGUGGAGCCUGGGAUGAUAGUGGAGUUUUUAUCUAUACAACUCUGAACCACAUUAAGUAUUGUCUUCCUAAUGGAGAUAGUGGGAUAAUUAAAACACUUGAUGCUCCAAUCUAUAUCACAAAAGUUUCUGGGAAUACAGUUUUCUGUUUGGAUCGGGAUGGAAAGAGCAAGGCCAUAGUUAUUGAUGCAACAGAGUAUAUUUUCAAGCUAUCCCUGAUGAGGAAGAAGUUUGACCAUGUUGUGAACAUGAUAAGAAGCUCUCAACUCGUGGGUCAGGCGAUGAUAGCUUAUUUACAGCAAAAAGGAUUUCCUGAAGUUGCUUUGCAUUUUGUUAAAGAUGAGAGGACCCGCUUCAAUUUAGCUCUAGAGAGUGGAAACAUUCAAAUUGCAGUUGCUUCGGCGAAAGAAAUUGAUGAGAAAGAUCACUGGUAUAGGCUAGGUUUAGAGGCUCUUCGCCAGGGUAAUGCUGGUAUUGUAGAAUAUGCUUACCAAAGGACUAAGAAUUUUGAGAGGUUGUCUUUUCUUUACCUCAUGACAGGGAAUGUAGAGAAAUUGAACAAAAUGUUGAAAAUUGCUGAGGUGAAGAAUGAUGUAAUGGGUCAAUUUCACAAUGCUCUUUAUUUAGGUGAUGUGGAGGAGCGUGUGAAAGUAUUAGAGAGUGCUGGACAUUUGCCUCUGGCUUACAUUACAGCUUCAGUACAUGGGCUGCAUGAUGCUGUUGAGAGGUUAGCUUCUAAGUUGGGAGAUGAUAUUCCUUCCUUGCCUGAAGGUAAAGUGCCCUCCCUUUUGAUACCUCCAGCACCAGUUAUGUGUGGUGGAGAUUGGCCCUUGUUGAGAGUGAUGAAGGGUAUCUUUCAGAGUGAAGUGUAUGACAGGGGUGUUGUUGAAGAUGAAGAGGAGGAUCCAGCUAACUGGGGUGAAGAUUUGGACAUGAAUGAUGCUGAGAAUAUAGAGAACGGGGACUCGGCAGAUGUUUUGGCUGAUGAAGACGUAGUUGAUGAGGAUGAGGAAAAAGGAGGAUGGGACUUGGAAGAGUUGGAUCUUCCGCCGGAGGAAUCUCCAAAAGCUUCUGUUAGUACCCACUCCGCAAAUUUUGUUGCUCCAAAUCCUGGCAUGCCUGUUAGUCAAAUUUGGAUCCAGAAGUCAUCGCUUGCUGCCGAUCAUGCAGCUGCUGGAAAUUUCGACACUGCAAUGCGGUUGCUUAGUCGACAACUUGGGAUUAAAAAUUUUACUCCCCUGAAAUCAAUUUUCCUUGAUCUUCAUGCUGGUAGUCACAGUUAUCUACGUGCUUUUGCUUCUUCUCCUGUUAUAUCUUUAGCCUUGGAAAGAGGGUGGACCGAGUCAUCCAGUCCUAAUGUGAGGAAUCCACCAGCUUUGGUGUAUAAUUUCUCCCAAUUAGAAGAGAAGCUUAAGGCUGGUUACAGGUCCACCACAACUGGUAAGUUUUCAGACGCCCUUCGGAUCUUCCUAGGCAUUCUACAUACCAUUCCUCUGAUAGUUGUGGAGUCCAGAAGAGAAGUCGACGAAGUCAAAGAACUGAUAAUUAUAGUGAAGGAGUAUGUCUUGGGUCUCAAGAUGGAAACUAAGAGAAGGGAGUUGAAAGAUGAUCCAAAGCGUCAACAGGAACUCGCUGCUUACUUUACUCAUUGUAAUCUUCAAAUGCCUCAUUUGAGGCUGGCCCUGCAAAAUGCCAUGACCGUUUGUUACAAGGCAAAGAAUCUCAGCACAGCUGCUAGCUUUGCUAGACGGCUCCUCGAGACAAACCCAACUAACGAGCAACAGGCAAAGCUUGCCCGACAAGUUGUUCAGGCAGCUGAGAAGAACAUGAAUGACGCAAUUGAAUUGGACUAUGAUUUCAGAAACCCUUUUGUGGUCUGUGGGGCUACAUAUGUGCCAAUCUACCGUGGGCAAAAAGACAUCUCGUGUCCUUAUUGUAGUGCACGUUUCGUGCCUAGUCAGGAGGGGCAGAUCUGUACUGUUUGUGAGCUUGCUGUGAUUGGAGCAGACGCGUCUGGUUUGCUUUGUUCCCCAUCUCAGGUGAGAUGAGCAACCUUGAUGCUUGACCGAAACCACCUUUUGUAAACUCAAUCUUUACAUACUCUGUUCAUCGUACUUCUACCAGUGCAGGCUAUGAAAUCCUGAGGAAUCAACAUUUAAACAGCCUCAUCAUGUUACGAUAUCCUACGACAAACGAUGUUUCAAAAACUUGCCUUGUGAUGUCAUUUUUUAAGGUCUUGAAAUUUCCCCUUGAAUUCUUGGUAUUUACUUAAUUUUGAUGAAUUCAGAUGUAAUAAAGUAUGGAAUAUUGAUUUCUGGGUCA